UGGUUUAAAAUAAAAAAGCUCUUGUACAGUUUUACUUAUCUUCUUAUAUCGAUCGUGAAGAGAUCGUGCUCGUUUACAUCUUUCAGUAUCUUUAUCAGAAUCCAUUAUAGUCUCAAGGGACGUAAGAUAACAACCUAUCUUAUCUCUGAAUGAUUCAUUAAGGAAGUCUGUGAUAUUCCAGUUGCCAUGUUCACACUCGAAAUAUUUAUGCGAUAAAAAAAACUAAGGUCCCUAGUUGAAUCAUACGGUGUUUGCAAGGGAUACGAUAAUCGUCCCAAAAUCUAUGUCAUUUAUUUUUGUCAUUACGAACUUUUUUAUAAAACAAUGAGCACAGCUUCAAACUUUUCAGAUAAUGAAAGUAACUUUAGUGAUCUUGAUCAAUUUGAAAACCAGGAGGAAAGUAUUAAUGCAAUUUCCGAAACUAUUGCAGGUCUACUUGAGCAGCUUUCCAACAAUGUGUAUCAAUAUGAGGUACAUGUUCAGUAUAUUCAAACUCUUCGUAAAUCAGCAUUAUUUGACGAGUUAAAAGAAGCACGAGAAAUGAUGCAUAGUAUUUUCCCUUUAUCUGAAGAAAUGUGGCAUGAAUGGAUCGAAGAUGAAUCACGUAUAGCUUCCACAAAAGAAGAAAAGCAGAGAGUUAUACAACUAUAUUCCAAAGCUGUUCAAGAUUACCUAUCGAUUAAUCUUUGGAAGGAAUAUGUAAGCUAUAUAGUUCAAGAAUACAAAAACGGCCUGAAUGAAAUGGAAUUGGAAAAUGAAUCUGAAUGCACUAUCACGUUAGAUCAGGUCCGCAAAAUCUUUGAUGAGGCAAAUCGGGAAACUUGUUACUAUAUAACAGAGAGCCACCAAAUAUGGGAUGCAUAUAAAGAUUUCGAAGUAGAAAUUCUGGAGGCCUCACCCCGAGACGAACAACAAAAUAUCAGAGUAAAAAAAAUGUAUGAGAGUCGACUCAAAAUCCCACAUGCGACUGUGGAUAAGACGUUUAGCGAUUAUUCGUCAUUUAUAACAAAAUAUGAUAAUUUUAAUUAUGAGAACGUCAUGAUAGAGACAAAUAAAUAUGUUAGUGAAACCAAGGGCAAAUAUUAUGAAAGAGAUCAAUACGAAAACGCAUUGACAGCAUCAAAUAACCCGUUGGACAAAUUCAUGGAUUAUAUUGAUUUUGAAAAGAAACAGAAGAAACCAGUUGUGAAUGCAAUUCGUACUUUAUAUGAGAGAGCAAUUGCUAAUUAUUAUUUUGAUAAUACUCUUUGGGAAAAUUAUAUGUUAUUUUUACUUGAAAAGUAUUUAAUAGAUAAGAAGGUUUCUAUUAGCAUUCUUAUAAAAACAGCUGAGCGAAGUGUUCGCAACUGUCCUUGGUCGGGAGAUCUUUGGGGUCAUUAUAUAAGGAUUUUGGAAAAAAACUUUAGUUCUCCUGAAGAAAUUGUAAAUAUAUAUAAUAGAGCAUUGUCAAUCGGUAUGCUAAAGAAUAAUAUUGAUGAUCUAAUAAAGGUCAUCAUUUCUAAUGUUGAUUAUGAAAGGAGGAAAAUUCUAGCUUAUAAAGGACCAAUAAGUCAAGAAAAUGGUUCUAGUCUUGUAAAUCUUCUAGAAGAAGGAAUAAAAUUAGUCAAAGAGACUUUUCAAAUUGAUGAUCCUUAUUACCGGUUAGAAAAGUAUUUGAUCGAAAUAGAGACUUUAAUCAAAAAUCUAUCCAAAGCGCGACAAAUUUGGAAUGAAUUAUGUAAAAACCAUCGAAACGAAUCUGAAUUUUGGAUUAGAUAUGCAGAUUGGGAAAAAGCCGUCGGAAAUCUUGAUGAUGUUCGCAAGGUUUACAAAAGAGCUUCACAACAAAAUACCGACUGGCCCGAACGCAUAUUUGACGCAUGGGAACAUUUUGAACAUCAAUACGGAACAGUUGAUAAUUUUGAACUCGCUAUAAUAUUCAUAAAAAAACAAAUGACAAUUGUUGCUCAAAGACGUGAAAGAGCUGCCUUGGAAGAGGCCAAGAAUGCUCAAAGCGAAGGAUUAUCUCAGGUUGUUCCAGCGAUGCAAGUUGCUGAAGAUAAUAAAUCCUUAGAGGCGAUCGACUCUAUAUCUUCUGAACAAUAUUCUGAUACAAAAAAAAGAAAACCCGAAGAUGAGCAACAAAUGGAAGAACUCCCAGUAGCAAAAAGGAAUAAAGCCCAACAAUUUGAAAAACCUAAACGAGAUCGAGAAUUUGCAACGAUAAUUGUUUCUAAUUUGCCUUUUGAUGUUAAAGAAGGGGAAUUAAAAACCAUUUUCCAUGAAUGCGGAAAAAUUAAGGAGAUUCGUUUUCUAGUGGAUACAGUUAACGCACAGAAAACUGCUUAUAUCGAAUUUAAUGAAAAAGAAAGCGUUCCCGCAGCUUUAACUAAAGAUAAGAAAAGAAUUGGUGAUCAAGAGAUUUGUGUGUAUAGAAUAUCAGAACGUAUAUUAUACGUUACCAAUUUUCCACCAUCUAUAGAUAUAGAAGAACUUUUUAAAAAGUAUGGAGAAAUACUCUCUGUAAGAAAGCCAAGUACUAAACACAAAACAAACCGAGUUUUCUGUUACGUUGAAUUUAAAGAAAGGAAUUCCGCACAAGCUGCUCUUGAAAUGAAUGGUCGCGAAUUAGAACCUGGAAAAAAAAUUGUAGUCAUGAUAUCAAACCCAUUAUUAAAGAAAGAACGAUCGGCACCAAUUCAGACGGAAGUUUAUGUUCGAAAUUUGCCUAGCAAUGUUGAACAAAAUGAACUAAAAUCCCUGUUUCAAACAUAUGGCCCAGUAACGUUCGUUAGAAUUCCCAUGACGAAUGAUAACAAAUGUAAAGGGUUUGCAUUUGUAGAAUUUGAAAACAAGGCGCAUGCGAAAGCAUCUCUCGCUUUAAAUUCUACGGAAUUUAAAGGAUGUGUUUUAAACGUUACACUUAGUGAAAUUAAUCGUAAUCAAAUUCAAAAAGAAGGUAAAAUCAAUGAGCGUGAGAAAAAUAAAAUAUCUAAACGUAGACAGGAGGGAUUUAAGGAAAGCGAAAAACGAUCAAAAACUGUUGCUUUUACUAAGUUACCCAAGGAUACUACAGAAGAGAGUAUUAGAAAUAUGUUAUCUCAAAAAUUUAAGGAUGAAGCAAUUAGCAAAAUUACUAUGUCUCAUGAUAGAUGCGCCUACGUUGAAUUUGAACAUAUUGAGGAUGCGGGAAAGGCAGCAUUACAUUUUAAUAAGUAUAAAUUAGAGAACACAAUUAUUUCUGCAGUAAUUAGAAGUGAUUUACCUUCAACUCUUGCGGAAUUGGCUGUUCAAAGGGAUGAUAAACCUGCAAAAAUGACCAUGGUUCCAAGAAGACUAAUCGCACCUUCUAGUAAACUUGGUACAAAAAGGGGACCUGGAAAAAUUGGUAUCGGUAGUUCUUCAAAAAAAGGGCAAUUGGUCAAAUCUACCAAGGAUUCAAAUUCAUUUACUGAAAAUCAAGAUGAUGAAACAAAAGAUGAGAAUAAUUCAAAGAAGUCAAAUGAUUAUUUUAGAAACAUUUUUUACAAUUCUUCUAAUUCUUAAUGAAUUGCAUUAAUAAACCAAUUUUAAUUUCUUAUUGUAUUAUAAUUGAAAAUUGAAAUUAUUUAAUUGUUUAACUGAAUUCUUGAUAUUAUAUUUA